AUGGGGAGAGAAGUUACAGGUAUGCAAGUUGUGGACAAGAAGCCAAAUGGUGUAUUACCAGCUUCACAUGGUAGUUCUAAUGAUAAAGUAUGCAUUUCUCCUAAAAUGGCAUCAGCUAAGGCUCAGGCCAUGGACCAUGAGGUAAAGGAAUGUAUCAAAGAUAAUUCUUUUGUGGAGAAAAGCCAUGAGAAGAAGGAUGUUUUGAGUGCCAAAACAACAAACUGUAAUACUGACUUGCCUGAGGAGGAGAUUGAGAAUUCUGAAGUGCUCUUAAUGGGCGACAGUGAUAAGUUACUCUCUCCUGCUGGAAAAGAGCAUACUAGUCACUUUGUUACACAUUCUACUGAUCUUGUUACUGAAAAGCAUGAAUACCACUCACAGAUUGUUGAUACAGAAGCUGAUGCAACUGGUCUGAACCUGUCACCAAACACUAACAACAUGCACUCACCUAUCUCAUCAAAGAAUUCACAGCCAAACUCACCUUUUUCAUCAAGCAAGCCUUUGCAACAUGACAAGAAAAACUAUGAUGAUGAAGAUAAUUGGUCUAUCGCUUCCUCUGCUAUGUCUAUGCGCACAGCCAGAUCUAAGGUAACUCUCGGUUCAGCCCCUACAUUUAGAUGCUCCGAACGUGCCGAGAAACGGAGGGAGUUUUAUCUGAAGUUGGAGGAGAAACAUCGAGCUCUUCGAGAAGAAAAAAACCAGUAUGAGGCAAGGCUAAAGGAAGAGCAAGAAGCAGCCAUCAAGCAGAUGAGAAAGAACUUGGUAAUCAAAGCAAAUCCAGUACCAAGUUUCUACUAUGAAGGGCCUCCCCCCAAGACUGAAUUAAAGAAGCUGCCACUGACUCGACCGAAAUCACCAAAACUAAGUCGGAGAAGGAGCUUUGGCGAUGCUGUGAACUCAUCUCCUGAAGUUUGCAGUAGAGCGCGUCACAGCACGGGAGGUGGAGGUCAUAUCAAGGGUGGUUCCAAUGCCCCUUUCCCUCACAAAAACAACAUUAGACGCAACAGCAACGGCAACGGCAACGGAAACGGAAACGGCGUUUGCAAACACAAAGAACGAUCCAAACUGGAGAAGGAAACAAAAACGGCUCCUCCGAAGAUCACCGGCCACGCAAAUGCAGACAUUUCAGUUCAAUCAUGA